CGGUUCCACGCGUGCGUGCUACGUCGUACAGCCGCCAUGCCGGAACCGCGCGCUUCUGGGUCUCUAAAGGUGAACGCGGCGUUUGCUGCGCGCUACAACCGUUACCGCGAGCGUGAGGAACUGCAGCGGCUCAAAGAUCGCUAUGGAGAUCCGGACGACGGCGGCGCCUCCAGUUCCGAGUCUGACUCCAGCGAUGAGCAUGUGGAAUUUGAUCCCCAGCAGGAGAGAGACUUUUACAGGACUCUGUCCUUGCUGAAGAAGAAGGACCCUCGGAUCUACCAGAAAGAUGCUACCUUCUACCAGAGAACAGCCAGAACCUCGUCUUCAGAGAGUGAGGAGGAGCCGGCAGCCUUGGGGAAGAAGGAGAGAGUGCAGCCCAUGUACCUGAAGGACUAUGAGAGGAAAGUCAUCUUGGAGAAAGAAGGCAAAUAUGUGGACGAGGACAAUUCUGAAGGGGAGAGCGCUGACCACAGGCUCCAGGAAACAGCCACAAAGAGUUACGUAGAAGAGCAGAGACAGCUGAAGGAAAGCUUCCGGGCAUUUGUGGAGGACAGCAGCGACGAGGACAGUGCCGGGGAAGGUGGCUCUGGGUUGCUGCAGAAGCACACUAAAAGUAGGGAAGAAAAGGCCCAGGAGGAAGUGGACUACCUUGAGUGGCUAAAGGGGCAGAAGGAGGUUGACAGCUCUGAGUCACUGAAAGAACUGACACACCUCAAGGAGUACUGGAGCAACCCGGAGCUGGACGAGGGGGAGCAGUUCCUCAGGGAUUAUAUCCUCAACAGACGCUACGAGGAGGAGGGGGACGAGGAAGAGGGGGACGAGGAGGAGGAGGAGGAGGAAGGGGCUCUGGGACCCCCGGUCCAGCUGGCAGUGGACGACUCCUCGGAUGAAGGGGAGCUGUUCCUGAAGAAGCAGGAAGCCUUUGAACACAAGUACAACUUCCGCUUUGAGGAGCCUGACUCUACCUCAGUCAAGACGUACCCGCGAAGCAUCGCUUCGUCUGUGCGCCGCAAGGAUGAGCGCAGGAAGGAGAAGCGGGAAGAAACGAGGGAGCGGAAGAAGAGGGAGAAGGCCAGGAAGCAGGAGGAGCUGAAGCAGCUAAAGAACCUGAAGAGGAAGGAGAUUCUGGCCAAGCUGGAGAAGCUGCGGCAGGUCACUGGCAACGAGACACUGGGCCUUGAGGAGCAGGACCUGGAGGAGGACUUUGACCCUGCCCAGCACGACCGUCUAAUGCAGAAAUGCUUUGGAGAUGCCUUCUAUGGUGCCGCGGAGGAAGAGAAGCCACAGUUUGAUGAAGAGGAAGGGCUGGAAGAUGACUGGAACUGGGACAUGUGGGGUGGACCUGAGCAAGACGGGACCUGGAACCAGCAGGAGCUGCAUUGUGAGGACCCUGACUUUAACAUGGAUGCAGACCAUGACCCCAGCCAACCACGGAAGAAGCUUCGUGAGGCCCCCACCUCAGGCAAGAGAAAGCGCAAGUCUCCAUUUGCAGCUGCAGUGGGGCAGGAAAAGCCCAUGUUUGACCCUGGGGACAAGACCUUUGAGGAGUACCUAGAUGAGUACUACCGUCUGGACUAUGAGGACAUUGUCGACGACCUACCCUGUCGCUUCAAGUACCGCACUGUGGUGCCCUGCGACUUCGGGCUCAGCACAGAGGAGAUCCUUGCAGCUGAUGACAAGGAACUGAACCGCUGGUGUUCCCUGAAGAAGACCUGCAUGUACAGGUCGGAGCAGGAAGAGAUGCAGGAGCAGCGGGUGUACAGCCAGAAGGCCCAGAACAUAUGGAAGAAGAGGCAGAUCUUCAAGUCUCUGUGUGAAGAAGAGACAGAAAUGCCCACGGAAGCCACAGGGAAGUCACAGAGCAAGGCCAAGCCCCAAGUGCAGCUGCCCAUGCCCAGCGGAGCAGACGGGAAGACGCCCCAGGCUGAGGCCUCAGCAGCCAAGGAAGAGGACGUGGCCCAUACAUCCUGCCCAGAGAAGCCAGCAUCGCAGAAGCACAAGGGCAAGAAGGCCAGGCUGCUGGGUCCCACAGUGACACUUGGAGGUCACAAGUUCAGCAGACAGAGGUUACAGGCCUUUGGUCUCAACCCCAAAAGGCUGCACUUCCGCCAGUUAGGUCGCCAACGGAAAAAACAGCAGAGCCAGUCCUGAGGCCCUCAGGGAGCCACCCUGCCUCUACAGCCGAGCUGCUGACCGAGUUCUGCCUGUCAGCCUGUGUAAACUGCCUGCAGAGAGGGUACUGCUGUUUGUAAGCUUGGAAAGUGCUGCCGCCAGAGCGCUGGCAUCCCCACAGACAACCUGAAAUGUCCACAAGGCCAGGCGUGUUCAAGUCUGCAGGUUUAUCAGCCUCCACCCAGCAGUCAGUUGGGACCUUGAACAGUGAGUACAGUGACCCAGUGCGCACUGUGGAACUUGAUCAGGCCCUGAGUGAGUGCCCUGGAGCCCACUCCAUCCUGCCUCCUGAGGAGACAGGGGCAACUGGGGGUGAGGACCGCUGUAGGCCACACCCCCAAGUGGGGGACGGGAACAUGAGGACGGGGGUCCAGCACCACCACUGGAGCUGCAGAUCCCAUACCUGACGUGACAUAAAUAAAAAAAUAAAUAGUCUGGCA